AAAUAGUGUCCGUGAGUGCGAGUCAGGUCAAAGAGAGACGCUUCCAAGAGAGAGUGAAGAAAUACAGAGAAUGACGAGGAUGAUUGACAAAUGGAGGAAAGAGCAAGGAGACACGGAGGAAAGGCCCAAGAAUGCGCCACUCGGGGAUGGUCACACAGGCUCGAUGGGUAUGAUGAGGACGAAACUGAUGUUGAUGAGGAUGAGGAGGAGGACUGAAGACCUGCUAAUGUAGGGAUGGAGGCCGGAGCGUUUCGAUAUAUAUGACGAAGGGUGGGUGCGUAUAUGCUUCCCUCCGUGGCCUGCCUGCCUCUCCAUGCAUCAUCCAUUCGAUGAGGAAAUUGGCCUCACCCGCACACCCUGCCGAGACCAGACUGGCGCCUCCCGUCGGACUCCCGUCGGACUCUCGGUGCCAAGCCGAGGACCGAGCACCAGGCCUUGCUCGCUCGCUCCCACACCCACACAGCCAAGAAAAUCGAGGCCGGGGAGGGGAAACAAUCACUCGACGCCCAGACACAAACCACACAGACACACACACACACUCAAGAGGACAAGAAGCCAGAGCCAAGAUGCCGAGGUCGCGCAUCUACGCAUCUACGCCUCUUUGCUGCCCCUGCCCUGCCCUGCCGAAUAUUGCAUGGCCCUUUCGGCACAUUUGCGCACUGCACCUGGCAUCGGCCCCUGCAUCAACUGCACCCUGCUGAAUAGAUGCCUUACGGGCGACACUGCCCGGCGAAAUCGGCGCGGAGCAAUCAUCGGUACGUGGCACGAGGUGUCAGAGGGAUGACAACAAGAGAUCCGAACCAGAUAGUACAGCUUGUCCCGGAAGUCCGGGUAAGCCGGCGUCUAGGAUAGUUAGCAGCGAUGCAAUUUUCGGGCAAGACGAUGAAACAGAAGGGAUAGUGUGAGAA